AUAAAAUUCAUGGCUUAUAAUGGGAUACAAGACUUAAAUACUUCUUUGUUUUGAUGCGCUGACUGAGAGAUGACCGUGUUGACCCCAUCCCAGCAUUCUCUGCGUUACCGCACGUGGGCAAGAUGGCCGCCUCCAUGAAAAAAAGAAAACUCUCGGACCUGAGUGUAGAUGACUUCAUGGCUCAUGGCUUUGAUGAAGACUCAGAAGAAGAUGUCGUCACCAAACAAGAGGAAACAAAAAAGGGAAAGAAGAAGCACAAGCAGAAAAAGACUGAAAGUCCCCAGGUUGUGAGGAAAGUGGACAUAACAACAGCCAAAGAGACUGCGCCUGACAUGAAGAAGAAAGGUAAAGAAGCCAAGCACAAAAUGCAAAUGUCACGGCUACAAGAAGUGGACCCAGAAUUCUACCAGUUUCUGCAGAAGGAAGACAAGAACUUAUUGGAGUUUGAGGACUCUGAUUCUGAUGACUCAGCAGAAAUUGAUGAGGAGGAGGAGGAAGAUGAAGAUGAUGAAGAUGACAGUGAGGAAGAUAUCCUGAGUGGAGACGAGAGUGAAAGUGAAGAUGCUGAUGGGAAUGAGGAAGAAAUUGAUCUGGAGGAGUCUGACUCAGAUGAAGAAGAACUACAUAAACCAGAAGGGAGGCUUGAGGUGAUGAGUGAUGAAGAUGAGGAUGAUGAUGAAGAGGAGGCUGAGGAUCAACAAAGGAGACAGAAGGGAAAGCUGGUCACCAUGGCAAUGGUGCAAAAGUGGAGAAAGGCACUAAGGGACCAGCCUUCCCUACCUAUCCUCCAUGAGGUGAUCAGGGCAUUUAGAGCAGCAGUACUACAGACCAGUAGUGAGGAAGGAGAGGAGGAUACCAAAUACAGGGUGGAGGGGAGUCAGGUAUUUAAUGCUGUGGUAGGUGUUUGUAUAAAGGAUGUGGCCCCGGCAUUGUUGCAUCUUUUUGGAGUGAAGUCCUGGUCCAAAGGAAAGAAGACAGUAAUGCCUUCCUCACACAAGAAGUGGAACAAGAUGAAGCUGGACAUUAAGACAUACCUGUCUGAUGUCAUCAAGCUGAGCCAGGUGUUAUCUGAGGCGAGUGUUGUCAGCACCCUCCUGAGACAUGUGUUACAGCUGGUACACUACUACAUCUGCUUCCCAAAGCUCUGCAGGGUCCUGCUCAAGCGUUUGAUCAGCCUGUGGAGUGAAGGAGAGGAGAGUGUACAAGUCAUCGCCUUCUUCUGUGUGUACAGGAUCACUAAACUCACACAGGCCAAGUUUCUGGAGUGGAUUCUCAAGCAAAUGUACCUGGCGUACGUGAAGAACACCAAGUUCACCUCCCCCAACAGCCUGCCUGGUAUCAACUUCAUGCAGAGGUCGCUCACCGAGCUGUUUGCCCUUGACCUUCACACCACAUACCAACAUGGCUUCAUCUACAUCCGACAACUGGCCAUCCACCUCAGGAAUGCCAUCAUGAUGAAGAAAAAGGAGAACUACCAGUCCGUGUACAACUGGCAGUACGUCCACUGUCUGUAUCUGUGGUGCCGAGUUCUCAGUACACUGUACCCCUCUGACAUCCUACAGCCACUCAUCUACCCACUGGUACAGGUCAUCAUAGGGACCAUCAAACUAGUCCCUACUGCAAGGUUCUACCCACUGAGGUUCCACUGUGUACGAGCGCUGACACUUCUGUCUGACAGUACCAACACCUUCGUCCCUGUUCUACCAUUCAUACUGCAGGUGUUUGAACAAACUGACUUCAACAAAAAGCACAGCAAGACCAGUGUGAAGCCUCUGAACUUUGCAGUGAUGCUGAAACUGUCCAAUGCACAGCUGCAGGAACAAGCCUUUAGGGAUGGUGUUAUAGAUCAGUUAUAUGAGCUGCUGAUGAGUUACUUCAACACACAGUCUCACACUGUGGGCUUCCCUGAACUGGUACUGACAUCUAUACUACAGAUGAAGGACUUCAUGAAGAAGUGUAAGGUGGCCAACUACACUCGUCAGAUCAAACAGAUCCUGGACAAGGUGCAGGAAACUUGCAAGUUCAUCACAGACAGACGGUCCACAGUCAACUUCAGCCUCACGGACAAACAGGCCAUUGAAAAUUGGGAGCGUCAGACCAAACAACAGGGGACACCACUGAGCAAGUUCCACGACAACUGGAGGAAACUCAGGGACAGGGAACUCAUGCACGAGAUCGCUGGGAAGGACAGGAUCUCUGACACAGAUCUGCCCACCAUCAAGCGCCGGGCUGUCGCUACCGACGAGGACAGAGAUGAGUUCAAGGGGCUGUUUGAGUCGGACAGCGAGUCUGACCAGGAACAUGUAACCAUGCUGGAGAAAAAACCAGCUGAUCGCCAGGAUGAUGAUGAUGCUUCUGAUGACAUUGAUGAUAGUGAAGACAUCGAUGGGGAAGAUGAUUCAGAGGAUGAAAUGGUGGAGUCACCAGUAGUACAAGGGAAAGGAAGUCCAGCAGCCAAAGGUAUAGAGGAGAAGAAAGGGAAGAAGGAUGACAGGAAGGCAGUAAGUGAUGCUGUGAAGAGGAGGAGUCAAAAGUACCAGCAGGAGUCUUCAUCAGAUGGGGAGGGUGAGGACAUAGUGGAAGACUUUGAAUUUUCCUCAGAUGAAGAUUAAGGUCAUGAAUCAGGGGCCUUAAUGAUAUUAGAUGUGGAUGUUACGAUAUGUACAGGUAAUGCUGUGAAAGUUUCAAAGUCUUGGGUUUUUAGAGAUCUCUUGAAAGCACCUGGUACUACACAAGAGGAUGAUGUGUGUAUCAUCACAACAGAUUGUAUUAUUACUAGAAAAUGAAUUACUCACAAAAAAGACCAUCACAAGUAUUUUCAGGUUAUAAACUUUAUUUACCCAGUGGAAGAUGCUGGAAAACAACAUUGACAGAUUUUCCAGUUGUAUUGUUAUUUUGAAGCAUUGUGAAGCACAUUCUGAUUACUAGUACCUCAGGUGCUGGGGACUAGUGAUAAUAAAACUCCUCUCUCUUACGUUCUGAAUACCACCAUUGCUUAUCUUGGCCACCUUUUAUUUCUACAUGUAACAACAUGUAGUACUCUACAGAAGACAUAGGCUUUGCAAAUGUAAUUAUAAUAUCCCGCAUUGUUCAUAUAAUAAAAUGCUACUAAAGCAAAAUAUCCUAAAGUCUUUCAUUGUCUCUCCCUUUACUGCUCUGUAUGAGAACAAAACCAGUCUACUUAGUCCUUUUUAAUUAUAGCUUUGGACUGAACCACUUGUGUGGAGUUUGUGUUGUUUUGAUAGGUAGGAUAGUCCACUAAAUGGUAACUUCUCGUUCCAUUUUUAUAUUUUGCAAUAAUCUCUGCACAAUGUAAUCAAAGUAAGCUGUC